AUGUCUAAAGUAAACUUCAAGCUCCUAGAGGAGUUGGAGAAAGGUGAAAAGGGUUUGGGUGCCCAGUCCAUCUCGUACGGUUUGACCAACCAGGACGAUAUCACCAUGACCCACUGGAACGGUACCAUCUUGGGUCCUCCUCACUCCACGCACGAAAACAGAAUCUAUUCCUUGAGCAUUGUCUGUGGCGACAAUUACCCAGACCAGCCCCCGGAUGUGACGUUUGUUUCGAAGAUCAACCUUCCCUGUGUCAAUGCGGAGGGAAAGAUCAUAGCGGCAGAGUUUGACACUUUGAAGAACUGGAAGCGUUCGUACACUAUGGAGACCAUUCUUUUAGAGUUGCGUAAGGCCAUGGCUCUGGCUAACAACAAGAAGCUCCCUCAGCCGGCCGAGGGCUCCACCUACUGA